AUGGCUUAUUUGGAGUACGACGAGAAGACCAACCACAGGGCCGUCUUCCUAGUGACGAUUCCCAUUUCAUUUGGCAAAUUUGAGCUUUCGGAAAAGACAUAUACACUUUUGGCUAAACACAUCGGCAUGAGCCUGGACAGUGUAAGCCACUGGGCCGUGUGUGUCAUCGACCGCGGCCUCGAGGCAUGUUACUGCUAUGAUCUGAUGAGCGAUCGCUUGGAACUCGCCGCGAUUGGGAAGAAUUAUUUCCGCGUAAAUGAGAUCACAACUGAGUUUGUAACGACUUGGAGCUCUUGCUACUAUGUCGGGGAGACUACAAAAUCGCACACCGAGAUCCAGCAGCUAGGCCUUGCCCACAUGGCGCUCCAUCCAAAGUAUCGUCUUCUGUCGAACAACUGCCAACAUUUGGUAGAGACGCUCGUCAAAGCCCUGUGCAACGGAAAGGUCAUCAGCCAAGCCAAGCUAGAAGAGGAGCUGGCGCUUGCUUCACCAAAAAUUGCGCGGGAUCUCAUCGUUGCCAAAUUCAGGUCUAAAAAGGAACUGAAAGAACUGAAAGGAGACAAUGAUGAGAGUGAUAGCGACACGAUAAAGGACUUUUUCGAGACGAUUAAGAAGGGCUGGGGCGAUGACCGAAGGGGUGAUUGA